UUAGGAAAAUGAGUUAAUUUCAUUCCUAGCUUGAGUUGUUUGAGAAGAUUCACGAAGAUAUCUCAUCUUUCCAUUCCAUUCCUUUCCUUGAUCAAUUCUCUUGUUUCGGUAGAAUAGAAGCAAUGGCGAGGCAUGAAGAUCUUCCAGUUCCAAUCUACACAUCGCUUGAGCCAAUCUAUGGAGAUGGAUCAUCACUCGCAGAAGCUCAACUUCGUUUCGACAACAUCAAAUCCAAGUUCAUUCAGGUCUUCGGUCAUCCUCCAGACAUUUACGCUCGUUCCCCUGGAAGAGUGAAUUUGAUUGGCGAGCAUAUCGACUAUGAGGGGUACUCAGUGCUUCCAAUGGCUAUUCGGCAGGAUACAAUCAUAGCAAUUAGGAAGAAAGUAGACGGAGAUCCCGAGAAGAUUCUCCGAAUUGCGAAUGUAAAUGAUAAGUACAGCAUGUGCACUUAUCCUGCUGAUCCAAACCAGGAAAUUGAUCUAAAAAAUCAUCGAUGGGGUCAUUAUUUCAUCUGUGGGUACAAAGGCUUCCAUGAAUAUGCCAUGUCAAAAGGCCUUAAUGUUGGACCACAAAUUGGACUGGACAUUAUGAUUGACGGAACAGUUCCUACAGGCUCUGGAUUAUCCAGCAGUGCAGCAUUUGUUUGCUCAUCUACAAUUGCACUAAUGGCUGCAUUUGGCAAGAACUUUCCUAAGAAAGAACUUGCUCAACUUACAUGUGAAUGUGAACGACAUAUUGGGACACAAUCUGGUGGGAUGGACCAGGCUAUAUCUGUCAUGGCAAAAGCUGGCUUUGCUGAGCUGAUUGACUUUAACCCAAUUCGUGCAACCGAUGUAGAACUUCCAGCUGGGGGUUCCUUUGUGAUAGCCCAUUCGUUAGCGGAAUCCCAGAAAGCAGUAACUGCUGCUACAAAUUACAAUAACAGGGUCGUUGAAUGCCGCCUUGCUGCUAUUGUUCUAGGAAUAAAGCUUGGAAUGAAACCUCAAGAUGCUAUAUCCGGUGUGAAAACUCUUUCUGAUGUUGAACAGUUGUGUGUAUCGUUUGCUGGCAGCCUUGAAUCUUCUGAUCCUGUUGUUGCUGUUAAGGAACACUUGAAUGUGGAACCAUAUACUGCUGAAGAUAUUGAAAAGAUCACAGCGAAGAGCCUGCAAUCAAUUUUUUCUGAGUCCCAAAGUUCUUUGGAUGUGAUCAAAGCUGCCAAGCAGUACAAAUUGUAUCAGAGAGCCUGCCAUGUUUAUUCCGAAGCCAAGCGCGUUUAUGCUUUCAGAGACACUGUAUCCUCAAAUUUGAGUGACGAGGAAAUGCUGCAGAAGCUCGGGAGCCUUAUGGACGACAGCCACCAUAGCUGCAGUGUUCUCUACGAAUGCAGCUGUCCGGAAUUGGAAGAGCUGGUAAAGGUAUGUAAAGCCAAUGGUGCCCUUGGAGCUAGACUGACAGGAGCUGGAUGGGGUGGCUGUGCUGUUGCUCUUGUCAAAGAGUCUAUUGUGCCUCAAUUCAUUCUCAAAUUGAAGGAGGAAUUUUAUCAGUCGAGAAUAGACAAAGGUGUUGUAAACCAGAAAGAGCUUGGUCUCUAUGUGUUUGCUUCCAAGCCAUCAAGUGGGUCUGCCAUUCUUAAACUCUAGCUAGUUACUAAAUAUCAAAAACAGUUAUUUCAUCUGCAUUAAAUUCGUGUUAGACAAUCUUAAUUUAUUAUAAAUUUGUUUAUCGUUAGUUUGAGAAGAAGUAUUUGUUUGGGCAUGGACAAUGUAAGUCAUCCAUAGGAGACUGGAUAAUGAAUAAUAAUGAGAAGUCUUUUAUAAAUAAAUAGAUUUUAAUGUUGAUAUGAACUUGU